UAAUGCUUUCUGUCCUCAAUCAGGGGCCAACGUUGAAAGAAUGAACAGGACACUGAAAGAGAAAAUUACUAAGAUUUGUGCUGAAAGUCAUUUGAAAUGCCCUGAUGCUUUGCCUUUAGCUCUAUAUGCUGUGCGAUGUGCUCCUCGUCGACAAUACAAACUGUCUCCAUAUGAGUUGAUGUUUGGGCAUCCUCCUACUUUACUGAAAAGAAACUUGGCUGGAUGGCCUGAUUUGGGCCAUUAGGGGGGAGUGUGGACUCUGGAAAUGGUGCAGGAACUGAAUAAGCAGGUGGAAAAACUCAGAAAUUACAUUAUUGAGUAAACAUCACCUAGGUUGGUAACUAGAUGUCAUUCCUUUAAACCUGGAGAUAAAGUGUGGGUGAAAAAUUGGAAGCGUGAACAGCUGGAAGGGAGAUGGAGAGGGCCUUAUGAGAUAAUAAUGGCCUCUCCUUUAGCAAUAAAAAUUGCAGAAUCUAAGUCCUGGAUCCAUUGGACCAGAAUCAAGGCAGCAGCAGAUCCCCUGUGGACAGUAACUAGGGACCCAAAGGUCUCUACAAAGCUUACUCUUAAAUGUUUUUAAUGAAUAUUUUAUUAUUUGUAUAACAGAUAUUAUAGUAGUACAAGUAUAUCCUGCAUAUAUAUCUACGGCUGUUCGGUUGGAUUCAACACCCCUGCUAAACCACUCCAGAAGCUGGCUUUCUACGCACGGGAGAAGAAAGGAUGGAAAGAUUAUUAUUGCUUUUAUAUAGUACUAUUGUUGCAUGUAAUCAUGUUUGUCUCUUUAAUCUAGGCCAAUGGAGCAAGCCGGAAGACACUCCCAGUAUUGUUCAAUCUUAUGCUAUAGGCACUGGCACUUGUGAUGGUCACCCCCCCUCCCAUUGGUUUCUCACCAGAAUGUUGGAACGGUAUCUUGCCUCAUCCUUGUCAAUUCCCAUUAGUGUUUGACAGAAUAGUUAAAGAAGCUUUCCUUACUAGACAACCUGUCAACCCAGAAGCCUGUCAAUAUGCUGGUUAUAUCCUUAGGAAAGGCAUAUGUGUUAGGGCCCCUUAUAAGAAGCCUCAUCCUCCUGUAACCUUGGAAUGUGGGCCUCCUCUAUUUUGGGGUUGGGAACAAGUCACCCUAGUCUCGCAGUUAAAAAUGGGAUGGAAGGGGACUUGUAUUGUAUGUGUAAUUCCAGUGGAGUUUGGAGUCACUAUCCAGAAACCACGAAGGAAGUGGCCUGAGAGAAAAAGGAGUAAAAGGUCCAACCAGAAUAAGGAUAUGCCCCAUCCAUUGGAGUCAAGGAUGCAAUAUAAUUUGUGGGUCCAGUUGGCUAAAAUAGCCAACACAACCCAAUGCCUUUCUGAAGCAUAUGAUAUGGAGAAUCUGCUGUCCACAUAUUUAGUACCAGUGUGUGUUCCAGUCACAGUGGCCAGGGAAUUUGGUCACUAUGUGUUUAAAGGCCAUAUAGGGUAUGAAAGAUUAUAUAGUUGGGGUCACGUUUCAAAGUUUUUUCCACCCGAUGCUCUAGCCUUACAUACCCCUAAUGUAGCCGUUCGGGAAAAUUUACCAUGUGCACAUAUUACAGGCUGUGAGCAAAGUACACCCCUACCUCAUUGCAUGAAGGUAAGCCAAGAAAAGCUGAAUUGCACAUCUUUCCAAUCAGUGUCCUUUGGUUAUGCCAACAUAUGGUUGCCCAGGGGAUGGUUUUUUACAUGUGGCAAAGACACUUUUAAUUAUAUUCCUGCCAAUCUAAGCACAACAUAUUGCUGUCUAAGCAGACUGACUACCUUUCUACCAGAUAGGUCACUUUUUACCUCCUUCAAUGUCACACGUUACAAAAGGGGAGAGGUUUUGGAUGAGGACUGUGACUCCUCUCAUACUCUUUUGAAUGCUGCAGAAUAUAAUGCCUUAGCUAUCUCAUUGGUGGGAGUUCCUGCACUAGCUGUUAGAGCUCAUGUCAAUAUAAAGUCUGUGACCUGUAAUUUGGCUAAAACUAUAAAUACUACAUCAAUAGCCUUGUCUGCUAUUAAUCAGGAGAUGGUAGAACUACGCAAGGCGAUUUUACAAAAUAGGGCAGCCAUAGACUAUCUCUUGCUCCGCCAACAUAUGGGGUGUGAGGCCUUUGAAGGGAUGUGCUGUUUUAAUUUAUCAGACCAAUCCCCAGUUAUAAACAAGCAAAUUAAAGUGCUCCAUAAAAUGGCAUUGGAUUUGAAAAUAGAUUCCCUGGGAAGUUGGUGGAGUAACUUAUGGUCUUGGCUCCCAAUGGGUCUUAUUGGUACUAUUAUAAAAGCAGUGGUCAUUUUUACUGCUAUUAUGAUUAGUAGCUGUUGUCUCAUGCAAUGUGCCUUUUCAUUGAUGAAUAACAUAACAUUGCCAAAACGAAUGUCAAUACUUGCAGAAAGAAAAGCAACUGCUCAAGUUAUGGCUAUGUGGGAAUAUAGGAACCAGGAAUACAAUAACAUACAAACAGCAGACCCAAGCAUUACAGAAAGCAUUAUAGGUUGAGACUCAUCUGCAAGGUUGAGAUAAGUCUCAACGGGGGGGGGGAGUAAAAUGGGAAGCUGGAAAAAUACUGAUUGUCUAACAGAAAUUGUGGGUGAGAGGGAGGUUUCCUGUCUUCCAGAUGACAAAUAAAUUUAGAAGUGCCAGAUCAGCCCAAUAUCCUGUUUUUAACUUUGCAUAUGAUAUAUUGCAAACUGCUAAAAGCAUUCCUAUGUUAAAAUAAGGAACUAUAGAUUAUAACCAUGUAUAAUAGCAUUCCUAUGUUAGAAUAAGGAAUUAUAGAAUAUGACCAUGUAUGGAAUAUGUCAUGAUCAGGAAGUACUUAUGUAUUAAGGGGUAUAAGUAUGAUCACCCAUGCCCCUAGAUAUUUGGAUCAAGUCCAGGUUCAGCCCUAAGUAUGAGAUAAAAAGUGCAUUGCUUGCUCUUGUGGAUGUUCUGCCCUGGGAUGUGGAUAGAUUUCACCCCCUUUCUUCUUCGUCUGCUAAUUCUAUAAGCAGCAUUUCAUACCUUCCAGCAGAGUAUCAUUUUGGACUAUCUGUGAAGUUUACUCCGGCUGGUUAACAUGGAGCCUAUGGGGGAAAUUUAUUUUUAUUUAUUUUAUUUUUAAAAUUUAUAAGCCGCCCCACUCCCGAAGGACUCUGGGCGGCUAACAAUAAAAAACACAUAAAACAUAACAAACAACAAUACAAAAACAA